AUGCUUGAUGAACUUAAACUCUCGAUAUUUGAGGAUCUAGUCAAUCAAAAUUACAAAGAAGACAAUAACGGAAGCAAAGACAAUUUAUUAGACUACCACAUUGAGCCAGAACAAUUAUGCUAUUACAGCAAAAAAUCUAACAAUGACAUUGAAUACGACAAUUCUUCAGGUUUAAGUGAAAUAAAAAUACCUAUCAUUCCAAGUAAGAAUAAAUCCAAGAGCAAAAAUAACAAAAGAGAAAAACCACAGGACCCAAUAAUAGGCUCAUGUUUGACUACAGGGUUUGAUGAGUACAUUCAUCCUACACUAAAUGAAAUUUACUCAUUUGAUGAUUUGUUCAAGUCAAUUAUCCAUCUACAUAACAAACGUGUCAUUUUGAAAAAGGACUUUAAAAUUAUAACAUUAAGACGACAUUUACAGAAAUUGAUGAAUAUACCGUUGGACAAACAAGAAGUAAAAUUUAAUGUGAUCUAUUGGAAAGGAAUAAUCUUUUUUGCAUAUGAUUGGGAAGAGAAUAAGCAAGAAGAAGAAUAUACUUCAAAACAAUUAACUCAAAGAUUACUACAAUAUAGUGGAUUUAAAUUUGAACAAAUAUUGACUGAAAAAGUCGAAGAACGAAAUGAAAACUCCAAUUUUUUUACCGUAUCUCAACAUAAGAUUAACAAUAAGAUUCCAAUAAUAUACUCAGCAGAAAUCGAUUGUGGUAUUUCAAAUGAAGCAACUUUUGAAAAUUACGUUGAAUUGAAAACUCACUCAAAAUUAAAUGAUGACAAAUUAAAAACACUUAAUAAAUUGUACCGAAAAUUAAUGAAAAUGUAUUGUCAAAAUAAAUUUAUAUCGAGUAAUUAUUCAGUUAUUGGAUUCAGAUCAUUAGAUUUUAAGUUAAUGUCAAUAAAGAAAUAUACAAAUUAUGAAUUGGUUGGUUUAUUUAAUUCAAAUCCAAUAUUUUUAACUCAUAGUUGUUCAAUCAAUACAAAACAUAUUUUUCAAUGGUACAAUAUAGUAAUGAAUUGGAUAGUGGAAAAAGAAAAAGAAAUUGCUAACCACGUAGAUAAACCAGUAGUGUUGAAGUUAUCCUUUGAUAGAGAACUCGAAUUAAUGGACUCAAAUUUGAAUUUUCAUGAGAUCAAAAAUGAAACUGAAACAAUUAAAAUUUUCAAUAGUAUCAUACCCCCAUGGUUUAAAGAAUUUAUUGAAUCAAAACUAUGUACAUAA